CAGCAUAAUCUCAAGCAAUAUAAUAUGCAUGGAGAAGCAUCAAGUGCUCCACUUCAAAAUUUUGAUGAAAUGCGUAAAAAUCUCAAUAAAAUUUUAAAAGAAUAUGAUCCUCAAGAUAUUUUUAACUGUUGCUACCCUUCUAGACUGUUAACUUUGUAG